AUGAAUAUAUGGGUUGCUCUUAUGAAUUUAGAGAAUAAUUUUGGAAUGGAUAAAAGUCUCGGUGGUGCUUGUGAUCAAAAGGAAAUAUAUUUGCUUCUUGUGGAUAUUUAUGAGCGUUCAGAUAAGGAGCUUGCACAACAAACAUAUCAAACUAUGUUGAAAAAGUUUUCUCAAAGCUCCAAAUUUUGGACAAAAAUGGGAUUGUUUCAUAUCAAGCAUGGUAAUGUUCAAGCUUCUCGUGAUUUAUUUCAACGAAGUUUGUGUUCCUUGCCAAAACGAAAACAUAAGAAUAGUUCAUGUACUUUUGUUCAAUGA